GGUGACAUAGUGAAAUGUGGGAAGACGGACAUUGAGACCUGCCUAAGAUCUGUAACCCUGGUGACUCCAGAGUCCACGAUGAUCGUCAUCGAUGCCAGUGGAAGGGUCUUUGUCAACAAGAUGUUUUCUCAGAUGCCGCUUUUCAUGGCUGAUGUAAGGGUCUUUCAGCCCUCUACGUUCUACAUCAUUGUGCAUACCUCUUAUGGGCUCCGUCUAGAGGUCCAGCUAACACCUAUAAUGCAGGUCUACAUCGUAGCUAGCAGUUCACACAAAGAAAAAACCCAGGGUCUUUGCGGAGACUUUAACGGUGUCCAAGCUGACGACUUCAGAACCAUCAAUGGACUCGUGGAAGGAACCGCUGUGACGUUCGCCGACACGUGGAAGACCAAAGCAAGCUGUCCUGAUGCGGCACAGAACUUUGAGAUCCCAUGCAGUCUGAGUGUAGAGAACGAGAGAUAUGCCAAGCACUGGUGCUCAAUGCUGUCAGAUAGUGAAGGAAUAUUUUCCCAAUGCCACACUGAGAUCAACCCAAAUUACUACAAGGAAAUCUGCCUAUAUGACAGUUGUAACUGUGAGAGGAGUGAGGAGUGCAUGUGUGCUGCGGUCUCCUCCUACGUCCAUGCAUGUGCUGCUGCAGGCGUCCUUCUCAGUGGAUGGAGAAACACCACUUGUG